AUGUGUGAUUCAUCUCUCUUUGUUUAUCAAUCCGGCUCAGAUACAACAUACUUACUGCUAUAUGUAGAUGAUAUUGUUUUGACUGCCUCUAACAAUACUCUCCUACACCGCUUCAUUGAUUUGAUGAAACGAGAAUUCGCCAUGUCUGACCUUGGACCGCUACAUCAUUUUCUGGGUAUUACCGUCACUCGAUCAUCUUCAGGGUUAUAUUUAUCUCAGUCAUUAUAUGCUCAAGACAUCAUUGCUCGUGCCUCCAUGACAAAAUGUAACCCAGUCGCUACUCCGGUCGAAACCAACUCCAAAAUUAGCGCUACUUCAGGUCCUGCGAUUAAGGAUCCUACUCUAUACAGAAGCCUAGCUGGAGCUUUACAGUAUCUCACAUUCACCAGGCCAUACAUCUCAUACGCAGUUUAG